AUGUUUGAGUCACUCGUAGCAAACUUGGUAAAUCGUUUCUUGGGAUCUUAUUUGGAAAAUUUCGACACAAACCAGUUAAACAUUGGAAUAUGGAGUGGAGAUGUUAAAUUGAGAAAUUUGCGUCUAAGGAAAGAGAGUCUUGAUAAAUUCAAAUUACCAGUAGAUGUUAAAUUUGGUCAAUUGGGGCAAUUGACUUUACAAAUUCCAUGGUCAAACUUAAAAGGGAAACCAGUUAGAGUUAUUAUCGAAGAUGUCUAUUUAUUGGUAUCACCUAAAAUUAUUCAAGAUUAUGAUUUAGAAGAGGAGGAAUUGAGACUGCAAGCGGUAAAAAAGGAAAAAUUGGCUCAGUUAGAAACAUUUUUGGAUGCAAAAUCACAAGAGUUGGGUACCGAUUUAGAGAAUGAAACCUUUGUUGAAUCCUUAGUAACCAAAAUAGUGGAUAACCUCCAAGUCACUAUAAAGAACAUACAUUUAAAGUAUGAGGAUGAUUCUGUUUUAACCGAGACUCCAUAUUCGAUAGGAUUUACUUUGGAUGAAUUGUCAGCAGUUUCAACAGACGAGGAUUGGGUACCUUCCUUUAUCAAUAUUACCCAAUCGCUUACAAGGAAAUUAUUGACUUUGAAGAACCUUUCUUGUUACAUGGAUACUCAGGGGACUGAGUUGUAUUCAAAUCUCAAUCGUGAAGAAAUGCAUGAUGCUUUCCAAAAAACGUUGACUGACAUAGAAUAUUUAUUAAAACCCGUCACCGGUAAUGGUAAGUUGACAGUUAAUAAGACUGGAACAACCGCAUCUAUCCCGCAUAUUGAUACAGACUUAUUUUUUGAGGAAUUUGGAGUUGAAUUGAAUUCCCAACAAUAUCAAAAUUUGUUGUGGACUGCAUCCAAAUUUCACUGGUUUAUGAAAACUGAAAAAUUUAGAAAAUUUCGUCCUAAAAUUGCACCCAGUGAAUCUCCAAAGGAAUGGUUUCAAUAUGCAGCCAAGGCUGUGUUAGAUGAAAUACACGAAAGAAAUUAUAAGUGGAGUUGGGCAUACUUUGAGAAAAGACGAGACCAGAGAAAGGAAUAUAUCAAAUUAUGGAAAUUAAAAUUAGAAAACAAAAUGUCGCCUGAGCAACAAAAAUCACUUGAUGAUUUGGAAUGGGACUUACCUUAUGAAGAUAUAAAACUAUAUCGUUCAUUCACUAGAAAUGAAUUGAAGAAAGAAAAGAAGAAUAUUUCUACCUUGUACGACACUGAGAGUAAAUCUGCCAAUGAUGCCCAAUCUACUGGUGGCGGUGGCUGGCUUUCAAGCUGGUGGGGUGGGUCCAAACAGCUGAAUGAGAGCAAAGAAAAACUGAAUAACGAAUCCCAAUCUAGUGAAAAAAUUGAUCUUUCUUUGAGUGAUGAACAACGGAAAGCACUUUAUGAUGCUAUUGAUUAUGAUGAGAAUGCCGAUGCAGUAACAGUGGAUAUUCCCGGAGAAUGGGUGAAGAUGCAAGUCACAAUGCAUUUAAACAAGGGGGGGUUUACUAUCAAGCGCAACAAGACAACUACUUUAGGCGAAAUUGUUUUUGAAGGCUGUAAAACACAGUUUUAUGAGCGCCCAGAUUCAUUUCUCGCUAGUUUCCAGAUGGAGGAGUUUAGAAUUGAAGACAACACCGAUACAUCUCUAUACAAACAUAUAGUUAGUGUCAAGCAAGAUGAAGAAAACCACCAAGGUGAUAGCUUUGAAAAGCCCUUUUUGCAGUUAUCGUUUGAAAACAAUCCAUUGGAUCAAGAAGCAGACUCAAUUCUUGUUGGAAAAUUGAAAUCGAUGACUAUUUAUUACAACCCCAAGUUCAUAGAAGAAAUUAUCAAAUUUUUCACGCCACCUAAAAUUCAUUUAGAUACCGUGGGAGCAAUUAUGAAUGCAGCGGAGUCAACUGUCGAAGGAUUGACUACUCAGACUAGAAUGGGGUUAGAAUAUGCAUUGGAAGAGCACAAAACAAUAAAUGUCAAGUUGGAUUUACAAACACCUUUGAUAAUUCUACCACUUGAUCCUGCUAGUGUGAAGUCCCCAGUAGCUAUUCUUGAUGCAGGGCAUAUAAGUGUAAUCAGCGAUUUAGUUGAUAAAUCAAAAAUUAAAGAAUACAAGGAGAAACAGCAAUACUCUGCUGAGGAUUGGGAGAGUUUGAAAAACUUGAUGUAUGAUCAAUUCCAUGUGAAUCUUGAAGACGCAAGAUUUUUAGUGGGACACAAUAUCAAAACCACAAUGGAGCAGUUGUAUUCCACCGAUAGAUCAACAUAUGUUUUAGAUACAUUCAAUUUGGGUUUACUUUUAGGUAUUUCUAUUAUUCCAGAUGCCCAAAACUUGGCUAGAAUAAGAAUACGUGGAGAUGUCCCCAAGGUUGCCUUAGCCAUUAAUGAUUUCCAGUAUAAGACUUUAAUGCAGAUUAUAGAUGUGGCAAUUCCCAACACAGAUUUUGAAAGUUCGGAUUCUUCCAGUAUUUUUAAUGCAUUUGGUAACAACAGGGGUAUUGAGGAUGUUGAUAUUGAAGAUUCUACCCAACCGAUCAGUAAGCCUAAUGCUCCAACAAAUAAAGAUCAGCAUCAAUUUGAGUUUGAUUUGAAUGUUAAGUUGGUGCAGAUUUCGCUCUCUAGAUGCAUAGAUGCGGUAACAUUGCAAACGGAGCCAUUGGCGGAAAUUGUUGGUGAGUCCAUGGCAUUGAAUUUCUACAAAACCCUUGCCGACAUGUAUUUAACAUUAAGUGUUUUUGACAUCAGCUUAUUGGAUCACAUUGAAAAAUCAGGAGUGCCAGAGUUUCAAAAGUUAGUAUCGUCAAAUAGUGAAGGUGAAAAGAAGAACUUGCUUGAAAUGAAAUACUCACGAAAGCAAAGGUUGGUUAUGUUUAAAAAUAAAGAGAUCGAGGUAUUCGACCAAGAUGUCGAUAUGCAAAUUGCUGUUGUCAAAUUCGUGGUUACAAGAAAAUCUUACUUGAGCUUGUUGAAUUUUGUGUUAAAUACUUUUACUGAUCCAAACGCACCAGCAACACCAGCUGACGAGUUAAUAAAUGCCAGUUCAAGCGAAGAUACUUCACCACAGAAAAUUAAUGUCAAUGUUGCAUUAGAAAGUAUAAUUAUCGUUCUUAAUGAAGAUGGCAUCAAAUUGGCGACAUUACAGUUGAGCUCGGCUGAAGUGAAAGUGUUCUUGUUACCGGAUACAAUGGAUAUACAAGGUAAACUUGGAGCAUUUGCAUUGCAUGAUGAAGUAAACCAAGGCUCUCCCAGAGAUUCGUUGAUUAGAAAUCUUAUUCACAUUGAUGGUGACAAUUUGGCUCAGUUUUCUUAUAAGGCUUACGAUAAUGUCACUCAAAAUAAACCAUCAGUUGUGGAAUUUGAAACAGGUGCUAUCACAAUAAAUUUUAUCGAGGCAUCAUUCAAUAGAAUAUUGGCGUAUUUAAGUCAGUUCCUUAAAAUGAAGGCAAUCUAUGAUAGUGCACGUCAAGCUGCCAUCAAUCAGUCUGCCCAAUUACCUGCUCAAUUAUUGUUUAAUGUUUUAAUCCAUGCACCUACAAUCGUUUUUCCAUUUGUAAAUCAUAAUACUAACAAGUUAGUGGCCAAUUUGGGAGAGAUUUAUGCCCAUAAUCAAUACAAAGAUUCAAGUAAUACGAUACAAGUUGGUAUUCGUAAUGUUAAUGUUAUGUCACAUUUGGAGUUUGAAAAUGAUAUAAAACAAGAUCUGCAUAUGGUAGAUGAUUUGGAUAUUUCCUUUGAUAUAGCAUAUUCAGAGAAAUACGUUAAAGACGUACCAACGUUUGUGGUACGUGGCAAGAUGCCCGAGUUAGAUUUGCAUCUAACUGAAAUUCAAUUAAAAAUGUUGACACAGCUCUCUGAUUCUGUGAACAGAGCCUUUACGUUUGAUGACUCAGAUUCUAAUUUACAGGAUGUUGAAGAAGAUGCUGUUUAUGCGAACGAAGUUCUCAGACACAACACUCAAAUGAUACAUGCUGAAUCACCCCAACAGCCAGCAGCAAUAGUUUCUCCUGAUACCGAGGAUACCGAUAUCCCUGGAAAUCAUAAAAUGGUUGACUUAAAGUUUGACGUUCCUCGAGUAGCUUUGACUAUUUACAAUGGAACUUCGAGUACUGCUACGUUGAAAGAUUACUCAUUGUCUUCUUUUACAAUGAACAAAUUUAUUUGCGAAUUUGAUAUGUUGCACGAUGGGCACUUUAAUGCCAAUGUUAAAAUCAAGUCAUUUGUUGUCAAAGAUACCAGAGUUAAUACAGAUAGCAAAUUCCCUGUGAUCAUUCCUAGCGUUGAUGGUGUUGAUAACCAAUUCACGUUGUUAGUUACGACCGAAGGUCCUGCAGAAAGUAGGAAUAUAACUGCUAUGUUAACAAUCGAGAAACCCCAAACAAUAUUAGCACUCGACUACUUGUUCGAAGUACAACUGUUUAUAAACAAGGCAAUUGAACAAGAAGCAUCGCCACCUUUUGCUGAGAGGCCAAGACAACAGUCUAGAACGUCUAUUACAACAAGUUCUGCAAAAAUUCUAAACACUGAAACUACUAAACCGGAAAACCUGAGUUCAAGCAAGGUAGGGUUUUCACUCAAUAUAAUCGAGCCAUCUGUUCUUUUACUUGCAGAUGAUACCCGAGAAAAUACUGAAGCAGUUGUGUUCAAAGUUGGACAAAUUUUAGUUACUCAACAGAAUGUAAUCUCGUUAGCUGCAAAUAACAUUGGAAUGUAUUUGAUGGAUAUGAACGAGCAGGAUACUUCUCGGUAUAGAAUUAUUGAUGAUUUUUCCAUAUCUUUUGCACAUGAUUCCCGUGGCUCUACCGCCACCAAGUUCUUGACAAACAUUCAAGCAUCCAUAGAUCCAUUAAUUGUAAGAGUUUCGUUGAGAGAUAUUCGACUUGCAUUGGGUAUAUUCAAUAGAGCCAAUGAGCUAUACAUGAAGCACCAAGGUGUUGUAGAGGAUACAUCGAAUUCAGAAGAGUUUCAGUUUUCAAAGAAUUUCAAAAAGAGGCUUUCACAAUACGCUCCGAGUGUACUUUCAACAUAUUCCGAUGAUUCUGAUUAUGAGGCUCCUCGAAUUCCAGAAGGUGUUGCUAUUGUGAAAGGUGAAGAGAUGAAUGCCAAUUUUGGUGGUUUGAGAUUUGUUUUGAUUGGUGAUGUAUCAGAAUUGCCUGUCCUUGAUAUGAAAAUCAAACCUUUUGAAGCACGAGCAAUUAACUGGUCCACGGAUCUUAAUGCUGAGGUACAUAUUGAGCAUUAUAUAAAUAUAUUCAAUUAUGCACGAUCAUCUUGGGAGCCAUUGGUUGAAAGUUGGCCAAUAGCAGUUUACAUGUCAAAAUCCCGACACCCAAAGCCUCAAUUAUUAGUAGAGGUGAUUUCUAGACAGGUAGCUCAAGUGACGCUUACAUCCAAAGCAGUAGCAUUGCUAUCUCAAGUAUCCGAUUUGAUUACUUCCAGAGAAAAAUUAAAACCAAGAGGUGAAGAUUACCCAUACGUGAUAGUGAAUGAGACUGGUUUAGAUUUGGAAGUUUGGAAUGAUGCAAAUGAAUUCGAAACCAAAACUGGAAUCAAAUCAUGGGAUUCUAAACCUUGGAGCUUUGAGGACUGGAGAUCCAUCCGUGAAAACUUGGAUGCGGAUGAUGCUAGUACAUUGGGAAUCAGAUUUGUUGAUAGUGAGUACCAGAAUAUUGUCAGAGUAUCAGCGUCUAGUGUUGGAGAGGAGUUGUAUAUUAUGCAACCUCCCGUCUGUGGAGUUCAUAAUAGAUUAUCGGUUGAUAUUAUGCUAAGAGAGGAUAAUGUCAAAGUUAUUAGAUUGAGAUCAACAGUUAUGAUAGAGAAUGACGCUGAUAUACCUAUCAUUAUUGACAUCAGCGAUACAAGAGGGGAUAAAGAAUUGUGCAUUGGGUCUAAGGAAACGAAGUCUUUACCUAUUGAUUUGGUUUAUGGAGGGAAAUUGAAGAUUAAACCAGAGACCAAUAUUUCAUACGGUUGGUCUGAAGAGCAACUAUACUGGAAGGAUGCUAUGAAAGGUUGUAUUGCACUAAGUUGUCGUGCAACAAGUAAAGACGAUAAGUCUGUUUAUUAUUUUCAAGCAGAGGCAGUAUAUGACAAAGAGGAACCUUUGGCCAAUGUGUACCCACAUAUGAAAUUAGUGGUGUCUGCACCAUUAGAAAUUGAGAACUUGCUUCCAUUUGAUUUCAAGUAUAGAUUAUAUGAUAAACAUGCAAGGAAAGAUUGGACAGGCAGAGUAGAGAAAGGUGUCAAGAGUUAUGUUCAUGUUGUUAAUUUGGAGAGCUUACUACUUCUUAGUGUUGAACCCGUGAACACCAGCUUUAAGAAAUCGGAAUUUGCUGUAAUAAAUCAUCCCAAGAAAAGUGAAUUUGAAAGAGAAAAUACAAUUACAUUACAAGAUGUUAACAACAGGAUACUCAAGUUGAGGAUAUAUUACCCUAGAAAAAAGUCAGAUAGUACAAGUUUAAAAGUUGUGAUUUAUUCCCCAUAUAUUAUUUUGAAUCGAUCGAAUUUGAAUUUAGCUAUCAGCGAGCGAGGUAACACUAUUGAACUGCUUGGUAGGUCUGAUGAAGAACGCAAGAUUACACCUGUUAUGUUUUCAUUUGAGAAGCAUGGUGACACCAAGAAUCGAGCAAUCAUAAGAGCCGAAGAUUCGAUUUGGUCUCAGCCUAUGAGUUUUGAUGCUCUUGGGCAAUCGAAUGAAGUCAAAUUACAGAUUACGGGGAAACAAAUGGAAAUUGAUCUUGGUGUCACAGUUUCAGAAGGAGAAGGCAAAUACAAUUUAACUAAGGUUAUAAGCAUUACUCCGAGAUAUAUCUUUGUCAAUAAGCUAGAAGAAGAGUUGCAGAUUGUGGAAGUUGGCACCACAAAACAUUUGUCUAUAAAGUCUGGUGGAUCGUUGCCCCUUUAUGGUUUGCGCAUGCUAGAGAAAAAGAAUUUGAUGAUGAAGUUCCCACAAGCAUCAGGAUCAAUGUCUUGGUCACAGCCAUUCUGUAUUAAUGAUGUUGGACAAAUGUUUGUGAAAGUACUUAAAAAGGAUGUGGGACAAGUAUUGGUGAAAGCCACGAUAAUGCUAGAAGAUGCAACCGUGUUUAUUCAUAUAGAAAAUGGUAAUGAUCAAUGGCCAUUUUCUAUUCGAAACUUUACUAAUGAAGAGUUCUAUAUUUACCAGAACGAUCCAAAUAUUAAUGCCAAUGGUGAAGUUGUAAAAAGUGAAACACCAUAUAAACCAAUCUAUUACAAGGUUCCACCAAAAAGUGUAAUGCCGUAUGCAUAUGAUUAUCCGAAUGCUAUUAUCAAGGAAAUAAUCAUUAGAUCACAUGGACGAGAGCGUGCGGUAAGUUUGGCAGAAAUUGGUAACUUGAAGCCCUUUAGACUUCCUGCUACAAAUGACAAGGAACAGAGAAUUGUUGACCUCAAUGUUGUUGCUGAUGGACCUACACAAUCCUUGGUUAUUUCAAAUUAUGACCCAUCCAGUAGUCUAUACCAGAUAAAAGGUGGUUCGACUUCGUCGAGCUCAGUGGCAAAUAGUCACACUGGUCAAUUUGAAGCGGUAGAAAAUGAUGAAAAUUACCACACCAAAAUCGUUACAAAGUUUGACGGAUUUGGGGUGUCUUUGAUCAAUACAAGAGAUCAAGAAUUGUGUUAUAUAACUUUGAAAGGAUUAGAGUUUAGAUAUAAUGAGUCUAAUUUGUAUCAAAAUAUUAGUGCAAAAUUGAAAUGGAUUCAGAUUGAUAAUCAACUUUAUGGAGGCAUAUUCCCAAUUAUUUUAUACCCAAGUGUUAUUCCGAAAACCGGGAAAGAGUUGAAUAGCCAUCCAGCAUUCUCGGGAUCUAUCUGCCGUGUGAAAGAUGAUACACAUGGUGUAUUGUUCAUUAAGUAUGCUACCCUUUUGUUGCAAGAAAUGACAUUAGAGAUUGAUGAAGAUUUCCUUUUUGCAUUAUUGGAUUUUUCCAAGUUUCCAGGGGCAUCAUGGAACAAGCAACAUGUAGACAGGCUAUGUGAUGACAACUUGAAUAUACCCGAGCCAGCUAAGCUUAGCGACACCAGCGAUAUAUAUUUUGAAGCAUUACAUUUACAACCACUUCAAGCAAACUUAUCAUUUGUGCGAACCGAAAGGGUCAAUGCAGAGGAUAAGGGUUCAUCCCAAAACACAUUGAUGUUUUUCGUUAAUAUUUUGACAAUGGCAAUCGGAAAUAUAAAUGAUGCACCAAUAAAGUUAAAUGCUUUGUUUAUUGAAAAUAUAAGGGUACCGAUCCCAAUUUUGGCUGAUUCAAUUCAAACACAUUAUAGCCAAGCCUUUUUCUAUCAGCUUCAUAAUAUCAUUGGAUCAGCUGACUUUUUGGGGAAUCCAGUGGGUUUGUUUAAUUUGCUUUCUUCGGGUGUCAUUGAUAUAUUUUAUGAACCUUACCAAGGAUUUGUUUUGAAUGACCGUCCGCAAGAGUUAGGGAUUGGUAUUGCUAAGGGUGGAUUGAGUUUUGUUAAGAAGUCUGUUUUUGGAUUUUCCGAUUCUAUUUCGAAGGUAACUGGAUCUAUUGCUAAAGGGUUGUCGGUAGCCACUAUGGAUAAACUGUUCCAAGAACGCCGUCGUUUGAAUACAAGGAGAAACAGACCAAAACACGCAUUGUAUGGGUUCGCUACUGGUGCUAAUUCUUUUUUCGAUUCGUUGUCUUCAGGUGUUACGGGAGUGGCCACAGCUCCUAUUGAAGGGGCAAAUAGUGAUGGCGCUGCAGGAUUUUUCAAGGGGCUAGGCAAAGGAAUUAUUGGAUUGCCCACAAAAACCGCCAUUGGGUUUUUUGAUUUGGCAUCAAAUGUCAGUGAGGGAAUUCGUAAUACCACGACUGUUUUCGAUAGUGAGGGGUUAGAUAAGGUUCGAUUGCCACGAUAUGUAAACCCUAAUGGGGUUGUCAAGCCAUAUUCACAAAGAGAAGCACAAGGUCAAUUUUGGCUUAAUAAUGUGGAUGGUGGUGUCUACUAUAAUCAAAAGUAUUUGGCACAUUUGCUUUUACCAGGCGAAGAGAUUGCGGUUUUGAUUUCCUUCAAAUUGAUAAUUUUGUUUGAUAUAAAUUCAUUAUUGUCGAAAUGGGUAAUUAAGUUUGAGCAAAUCAAGUCGAUUUCAGUUGAACCUACAGGAUUGACAAUUCAGUUGAAAGCUAAAAAGGGUCCAUUCAUACCUAUUCCAGAUAGAACUAGCAGAAAUUUCUUAUAUCAGAAAAUUGGUAUUGCUGUUCAAGAAUUUAACAAGCAUUGUCAAGUAACUCUCUAG